GCCCUAGCGGGAGAGGCGGCGGCGGCGGCCGAGGAGGAGGAGGGGGAAGCGGCGGCGAAGGGCUCCAGACCCCGUUCCUGGACCUGCCCUGGAAAAGAAGUAUCCAGUAGAGAUGAGCUCACUGCAGUUACUUAAUUAAAAAUUUGUAAGCUGCAAAAAUGGCAGUGAGCCAACCAAGAACAGCUACAAUUUGAAUUUUUCUAUUUCCAGGUAAAGAGUAAACAUAUUCUUCAGUAACUGGAAGUCAUAAGUAAGACUUCUGGAUAUACAACCAAAUAAUGUAUUAUUAUAUAGAACCAUUACCUGAAGAAGUUAAUUAUUUUAAAUAAAAUGGUAGCACUCACCACAAAACCACAGUACAUAAAUUGCCAAGUGUGGCUGAAUUGCACAUUCCUUUUAGAAGAACGUAUUACUGAAAAUGCGUGGACAGAAGAGAUGAGUACUAUUUCCACUAAGGCCUAGAACUGCCUACUGUAUAAGUAGUCCUGAUCGGGCAAUAUACGAAUGGCCCAAGGAAGCCACCAAAUUGAUUUUCAGGUUUUACAUGACCUGCGACAAAAAUUCCCUGAAGUACCUGAAGUUGUUGUAUCCAGGUGCAUGUUACAGAAUAAUAAUAACCUGGAUGCCUGCUGUGCAGUUCUCUCUCAGGAGAGUACACGGUAUCUUUACGGUGAAGGAGAGUUGAAUUUUUCAGAUGAUUCUGGAAUUUCUGGUCUACGCAAUCACAUGACUUCUCUCAACUUGGACUUGCAGUCACAGAAUGUUUACCACCAUGGAAGAGAAGGAAAUAGAAUGAAUGGAAGUAGGACUCUAACGCACAGCAUUAGUGAUGGACAACUUCAAGGUGGUCAGUCCAAUAAUGAACUAUUUCAGCAGGAGCCACAGACAGCACCAGCUCACGUUCCUCAAGGCUUUAACGUUUUUGGAAUAUCCAGUACAUCUGGUGCUUCAAAUUCAGCACCACAUCUUGGAUUUCACUUAGGCAGCAAAGGAACAUCUAACUUUUCUCAACCAACUACCAGAUUUAAUCCCAUCAUGGUAACUUUAGCCCCAAAUAUCCAGACUGGUCGUAAUACUCCUACAUCUUUGCACAUACAUGGUGUACCUCCACCUGUACUUAACAGUCCACAGGGAAAUUCUAUCUAUAUUAGGCCUUACAUUACAACUCCUAGUGGUACAACUCGACAGACACAGCAUUCUGGCUGGGUAUCUCAGUUUAAUCCCAUGAACUCGCAACAAGUCUAUCAACCUUCACAACCUGGUCCCUGGACUACUUAUCCUGCUUCUAAUCCUUUGUCACAUACCUCAGCCCAGCAGCCAAAUCAGCAAGGCCACCAGACCUCUCAUGUCUACAUGCCCAUCAGUUCACCUACCACCCCACAACCACCAACAAUUCAUUCAUCUGGUAGCUCACAGUCUUCUGCCCAUAGCCAAUAUAACAUUCAGAAUAUUUCAACAGGACCUCGAAAAAACCAGAUUGAAAUCAAACUUGAACCUCCACAAAGAAACAGCUCUUCAAAAUUGCGUUCUUCUGGACCUCGAACUUCCAGCAGUUCCUCUUCUGUCAACAGUCAGACCUUAAAUAGAAAUCAGCCCACUGUUUACAUAGCUGCCAGUCCCCCAAAUACUGAUGAGGUGAUGUCCCGUAGUCAACCGAAGGUCUAUAUUUCAGCCAAUGCCACCACAGGAGAUGACCAGGUCAUCCGGAAUCAGCCUACCCUCUUCAUAUCCACAAACUCUGGAGCAUCUGCUGCCUCCAGGAAUAUGUCUGGGCAAGUGAGCAUGGGUCCUGCCUUUAUUCAUCACCACCCUCCCAAAAGUCGAGCAAUAGGCAAUAACUCUGCAACUUCUCCUCGAGUGGUGGUCACUCAGCCCAAUACAAAAUAUACUUUCAAAAUUACAGUUUCUCCCAAUAAACCCCCUGCAGUUUCACCAGGGGUUGUAUCCCCUACCUUUGAACUUACAAAUCUUCUAAAUCAUCCAGAUCAUUAUGUAGAAACAGAGAAUAUACAACACCUCACGGACCCUACUUUAGCACAUGUGGAUAGAAUAAGUGAAGCACGGAAGUUGAGUAUGGGAUCUGAUGAUGCUGCCUACACACAAGCUCUAUUGGUACACCAGAAGGCCAGAAUGGAACGACUUCAAAGAGAACUUGAGAUUCAAAAGAAAAAGCUGGAUAAACUAAAAUCUGAGGUCAAUGAAAUGGAAAAUAAUCUAACUCGAAGGCGCCUGAAAAGAUCGAAUUCCAUAUCCCAAAUACCUUCACUGGAAGAAAUGCAGCAGUUGAGAAGUUGUAAUAGACAACUCCAGAUUGACAUUGACUGCUUAACCAAAGAAAUUGAUCUUUUUCAAGCCCGAGGACCACAUUUUAAUCCCAGCGCUAUUCAUAACUUUUAUGACAAUAUUGGAUUUGUAGGUCCUGUGCCUCCAAAACCCAAAGAUCAAAGGUCCACCAUCAAAACACCCAAGACUCAAGAUACAGAAGAUGAUGAGGGGGCUCAGUGGAAUUGCACUGCCUGUACUUUUUUGAACCAUCCAGCCUUAAUCCGCUGUGAACAGUGUGAGAUGCCAAGGCAUUUCUGAGCCAGUAGGCCUUACAUCUUCUCCAAAACCACAUCUGAAGUUCAAGAAACUAGUCUGUCAUCAGGGGGAAAGUUUCACUGCUACGUAGGAUUUUGUCAAAUUGAAGGUGUGACAAGAUGGUGUUUUGCUAAUGUUAAAUGUCAGCCCACGGAGCUAAUAAUACCUCAGUCUAAUAUCAUGGGCAGUUGAAAUUCAUCACAUGAAAGGUAAUCUGCUGAAAGACUUGGUUGCCCGCUGCCUAACCAUGUACAGUGUUACCAGUAGCCCAUUAUGGAUAAUUCUCGAUAUGUUAAUGCCUGCGUGUUCCCAAUACCUUUUUCCCCUCAUGUCACUACUGAAUUUUGACAGGAGGAAGGAAUAAAAUGAUGGCUUUUUUUUUAAGCUUUCAGUGAAACACUACAAACGUGAAGAAAAGGAACAAGGUUUAACUAUUUAAAAACUGUUUGCUGCCGCACAGUGCCCACGGAUAGGGGAAGAACUUCACAAAUCUGUGGUACUCUUGGCCUUGUCUUUGUCUUCCCUGAAAACGUCUCCACUCUGAAGCCAGCAUCUAGGGUCUAAAGAUGAAAAGGAAAGCAGCAUGCAUCGUCUGUACAAACAUGCAGUGAAGUACCCCAAAGCUUUCCUACUGUACAGAUCUCUCAAGUCUGCUUUACGUGAUUUCUUUUCUCUUUUAUUAUUUCCUUAUAUUUCUAUAUGUAUAGUGUAAUAGUCUUUUGUUAACUAAUUUUCUUUUUUCCUUUUAGUGAUUAAGCACGAUCAUGUCCCUUUUUAAGCCUUACCCAAAAGAAGCAAUGCCUUAAAAUAAAAAAAGCAUUAAUGAAAUGAAACUAUGCACAAAAUAACUUUCCUCUACUUAUUCUGUGCUUUACCCUCAUGAGUGCCGAUAUUCUGUGAAGACAUACAGAUGCUGCACAAUGAAUUGCAAAAGAUAUUGCAAGACCUUUGUCUAUAGGUUACAUUAUAUACUGACUAGUGGUGGGUGACACAACAGUGUUUUGUCUUCCACAGGGAAGCUUAAAACAAGAAAUUUUUAACCCACUGAAAGAGCAGCAAGGUUAAACUUGCUUCAUCUGCCUGGUGUCCCACAGAAUUCCCACAAGAGAUUACUAUUGGGAAAGUACAGUUUCAAAACCAGCAACAGCAACAGUACCUACAGCAGCCCCUUUCUUUUUUUUCUUUCUUUUUUCUUUUUUUUUUCUUUUUUUUUUUUUUUUUUUGGAGAGAGAAAGAGAAGUUUAAAUGCUUUACUGUUGGGGCAAUUUGUUUCUAAACCUGACUUGGUGGCAGUAUCAUGUGUAUUUAUAAAACAAGGCUAGUCAUAUUUAGGACAACUGAAGAAAAGCUGGAAAAAAGAAAAGCAAACUUGAACACUGAAGCAACCUCAAGCAUCUCUUUAUUUUCAUGAUAUAUUUUUAUAAGGAAAAUAAAUAGAUGAUCAGGAAUGUAUAUAACUAAAUAAAAUCAAGAAAAGAAAUAACAGUAUGCAUUUAAAAAGAAUUAUGAAAUUAUAUAUCAGUGCUUAGAAUGGGGCUAAUGGAAGUGCUGAAAUGUAGCAAAAGAUAGGAGAUAAUGUAGACUGUCACCCAUUGUAAAUGUUUGCAAAUGGAUAUUUUUUAAAUAAACAGGAUUAUUACAGGUGAUCUAUAUGAAUGUCAAAGCCUUGAAUUCCAGGUUUUGCACUGUGUAUAUGUGAAGAAAUAUGACAAUCCUAGUUAAUUAGACAGUAGACCCACAGCCCUUACAUUUGAUGCAUUUUGCUUUAAAAAUAGGCCUUGUUUUUCAGCUUCCUCUGCAGUUCUAUGUGAAGAUUGAUAAAUCAGUUUUUACUUGUUUUAUUAAUAAAAUGUAAUUUGGAUAUCUUGAGUUGAUGGUUUUGUGAUUUAGCUGGGUAAACUAUCUUUGUAACAGAUAAGUUAUUUAUAAAAAUUAAAAAACUUAUAUUCUAAUGUG